GUACUAUUUGCAUGGAUAUGCCUUAGGGUGUCACUAAUUCAACCAGGACUGGGAAGACUUUUCGGAGAGAUAUAGGUACCAUUCGUCUCGUUUAUUGGUGUUGCAUUGGAAGGAUUACUUUCGCCCCUCCCCCCUUGACUUCUAGCUGACUUUUGCUGCCUCUUUGAUUCCUCUCAAAGGAUUUUCAAAUUGCGCUGUGUGUUUGUUCGUUAUCUUGUGUGAUUCUUAUACUAGAGCUGGGUUACAAUCAGUUCUAGUCGUUGGACCUCUCAGGCUCGAUAGUAGAGAUGAUGCUUUCAAGCAGAACGGAAAAACAGCCAGAGCAGGAGAUCAGCAAGGCGGAGUUUAACCCCGACGAUGCACACUCCCAUGUCGAUGCGAAGAGGGAACGGGCACUUUUGCGGAAGAUUGAUCUUCAUCUGAUGGUGCCUCUUUGGAUUGUCUUUGUUUUCGGUUUCUUGGACCGGAUCAAUCUGGGCAAUGUCAGCGUCCUGGGAAUUCUACCGGAGCUGAAAAUGUCGGGAACAGACAUGGCUAUUGCGAUGCAAAUAUUCUUCGUGCCCUACAUUAUAUCCGACAUCCCAAGCAAUAUUAUUCUCAAGCGAUUCUCCCCGUCAACGUGGAUUAGCUCGUUGACUUUCUUCUGGGGCAUUACAUGCAUGUGUCAAGGAGUGGUCAAAAAUACCUCGGGUCUGAUUGCAUGCCGUUUCUUCAUGGGACUAUGCGAAGGAGGGUUCGUUCCAGGCUGUGCAUAUCUCAUGUCCAUGUAUUACAAACGCCAUGAUUUCCAGAAGCGAUUCUCCCUCUUAUGGGUGGCCGGCCUUGUGGCUGGAGCUUUUGGCGGUCUUUUGGCUUACGCCCUUUAUCAUAUGCAUGGCUUGGGUGGAUACUCAGGAUGGCGUUGGAUCUUUAUUAUUGAGGGACUUCUAUCGAUUGUAUGGGCUUUGCCAGCCAAAUUUCUCAUUGCAGACUGGCCCGAACAGGCGAAUUUUCUAAAUAGUGAAGAAAAGGAACUGCUAAAAGAACGCAACUCCCGUGACGUGGGCGAAGGAGCGAGAAUGGACCGACUCGAUGGCGCUGCGUGGAGACGAAUCAUGUCUGAUUGGAAGAUCUAUGUGGGUAGUUUUUUCUAUCUCGGUGUCACGGUUUCUGGGUACGCAACAGCUUUAUUCAUACCCUCUAUUGUGAAUUCACUCGGGUAUAGCGGCAUCGAUAGCCAAAUCCACAGUAUUCCUGUCUGGGCCGUCGCUGCGGUUGUCACAAUGACGGUAUCAUUCCUUACAGAUCGCAUGCGGCAUCGCUACGGCUUUAUUAUGUUCGGCGUUGUCUUUGCAAGCAUUGGAUACAUCAUAUUGCUGUGUCAAGGUCCUCUUUCCGGGGGCCUAAAUGUGCAUGUCCGCUACAUGGCGGUAUUCUUCGUGACCACUGGCUGCUACAUUGUUCAACCCGUUACGAUUGUGUGGAUGGCGAACAACCUGAGUGGGCAUUACAAGCGCGCCAUUGGUCUGGCUAUCCAGAUCGGAUUCGGGAACAUCGGCGGUAUCAUAGCGAGCAACAUUUUUAACAGGGAUGAUGCACCGCUGUACACUGUUGGUUAUGGGGUCUCCUUGGCCAUGAUGGUGCUGUGUGGAGUCAUGUGUACCAUCUUCGCCGCUGGUCUGUUGAUUGAGAACAAAAAGAGGGAUCAAGGUAAACGCGAUCAUAGGCUGCUGCUGGAUGAGGGUAUUCUGAAUAAUCUAGGGGAUGACGAUCCUCGAUUCCGUUUCAGCCUGUGACUUGGAAUAUUUCGAAUUCACGCUCUCUCCAAGUGUUCAAAUACAGUCGAUAUUCUAACCGGUGAUUCUUAUAAUUUUGAUAUGGGAACACCAACUGCGACAACAUGCAUUUGUGUUCGUUG